AUGGAGGCCUUUCGGUACACAGCCCUUGAACUUUUGCCGUUCUCCUCCACCAUUGCCACUCUCUACCUCUGCUAUUUGGCUCCAAUCCUGCAGAGCUCUGGGGCAGCUUGCACCUUGGUGCAGAGGAUCAUCUAUGAGGUGGAUGACCCCAGCCUGCCCAAUGAUGAGGGAAUCAUUGCCCUCCACAACUCUGUGUGUGCAGGCCACACUGAAAUUGUCAAGUUCCUGGUGCAGUUUGGAGUCAACGUUAACACGGCCAACAGUGAUGGCUGGACCCCUCUGCACUGUGCUGCCUCCUGUAAUAAUGUGCAGGUGUGUAAGUUCCUGGUUGAGUCCGGGGCGGCCGUGUUUUCCGUCACCCACAGCGACAUGCAGAAGGCUGCCGACAAGUGUGAGGAGAUGGAGGAGGGAUACGCCCAGUGCUCACAGUUCCUCUACGGUGUUCAGCAGAAGCUGGGCAUCAUGAACAGAGGGGUGGUGUAUGGCCUGUGGGACUAUGAGGCAGAGGCUGAGGACGAGCUGUCCUUCAGGGAGGGGGACUGCAUGACCAUCCUGCGCUGUGAGGACAAGGAGGGCUACAUCCCCCGAAACCUGCUGGGGCUGUACCUGAGGAUCAAACCCAGACAGAGAAGCCUGCUUAAGAAUAUUAU